AUGGUUAAACCAGUAGCUUCAGUCACGUCCAAAUCCUUGCCGGUUGCUCCACCAGGCAAUUUCCAAUCAAACUUAUGUAGUGGUGGUGAUGAAGGUGGAGUUGGGGGUUGUGGUAAUGGUGGUGGUGGUGGUGGAGAUGGCGAUUGUGGAGGUGGUGGUGAUGGUGGUAGUAGCAACAUGGUGGUGGUUGUGGUGGUGGUUGUGGUGUUGGUUGUGGAGGUGGUAGUGGAUGUGGAGGUUUUGGAGGAAGAGGUGGUUGUGGUGGUGCUGGAGGUGGAAGUGGUGGAGGUGGAGGAGGAGGUAGAGGAGGUGGUGGUAAAGGUGGUGGAGGAGGUGAUGGUUGUGGUGGUGGCGGAGGAGGAUGAGGAUGAGAAGGAUGUGGUGGUGGUGGUUGUGGAGGUAGUGAAUGUGGAUGUGGAAGUGGAUGUGAUGUCAUUUUUUUAA